AUCCAGCGGGACAUCAGGAUGAAGCUGAUCGGUUCUCUGACUCUGAUCUGGACCCUCUGUAGAACAGCUGAAGCUCUGAGCUGUUAUAACUGCACAGACCCGAGUUGUUCCAGCCCAGGAAAACAGACAUGCUCCUCAUCUGAGGAGAUGUGCAUAACAGCAUCUAGCCGAGCUUCAGGAGAACAUCUCAUCUAUAAAGGCUGUGAAUCUGCCUCUGUGUGUCUGAGCUCAGGCAAUACGACCUUUUCGCUCAGCACAGGUGAGACGACUAUUGUAGCAUCUGUCCUGUGCUGCAACACCAGCGACUGCAACGACCUAACACUGCCUGUCCCUGCUCCUCCAGUGCCAAACUCCCUGCAGUGUUUCUCCUGUAUCCUCAAUGACUGCAGAGAGGUCAUGUGCUCAGGAGAGGAGAGUCAGUGCUUCACAUCAAUCUUGAGUAUGGACGAUCAAGAGUAUCCAUUUCUGGGCUGCAUGACUCGUAACCUGUGUGAAGCCGACCUGGGUCGCCUGUUCCAGGAAGACAACGUUCUUUUCAACAUCAGCGGACUGAGCUGCUGUGGAACCAGUUUGUGCAACGACCCACCAGUACCACCAGUGACACCCACACAGACCAGUGGCGGUUCUGGUGUGAGACUGGAGCUGCUCCAGCUGCUGCUUGGUCUGCUGGUCUGCGCUCUAAUCAAUGACAAAUCAAUGCAAGACUGGUAAAGUGUAAAUAUUACACUUAAUAUGUUUUACAUAAGUUUAAUUGUAUAAAACUAUAUAAAACAAAGUUUUAAUUUCUCGUUUCUCUGGUUUUCUCAGCCUUUAAUACCUGAUAAAACAGAUUAAAUGUGUGAUUUUUAAGACUACGACUCGUUUUUAAAGUGAUCCAGAUCCCUCUGAAUUUAAAAUCUCUUUUUACUUGAACAUGAUUUGUAAUGAAUCAGCCGACGACCGGUCUAGAUUUUAUUUUUCUGUUAUAUAAGUCAGAUUUUGUCAGUCCUUCACGCGGAGUUCCUCAGGGGUUUGUUUUAGGGUUUCUCCUGUUCUCAGUAUAUUAACCGACACAUAGUGGAUAAAAUGUUUUAUUAUCUUAGUUUUUUAACGUGUCCAGGAGAAGCUCAACAGAUUUCGUUUUCUAGAAGCUCCCGGCUGGUUUUUCGCCUCCUGGGAGCCUUUGUGUCGUAAACAACAGGGAAAUGAUGGAGACUGUAACGUUAUAUCUGGAGAAAUCUAGCUGGCAACGCAGGCAGCUGGGAGGAGGAGACAUGAAGAAUGAAAUGACGAGAGUAAAUAUGAGAGGAACAUGAUUUCAUAGACAAACAGUUGCUAUCUGCUCCUGUCACACUGAACUGGAAACGUUUCUGGGUCAGCUUUUCUUUCCUCUGGUUCUGAUUCACCGUCUGAGUCAUCCGACACCCUGGGACCGGCCGGGUUCCAGAUACUCACUUUACCAAAACAUAUUGUUUACUUUUCAGCAUUAUGAAUUAACCUGUUAUCUUCUGUCUGCUGAGACGUUUGGCGACCAAGUGAAAAUACUAAACACUUUAGAUUACUUGAUGAAUUACUUUAAAAAGUUUUAUAUAAUGUUUAGAAUAAUUUUAGUGCUUAAAACUCCAGAAUUUGGACUCUAUUUUUUUGUCUAAUUACAUAAUUUUUAUCAUAUUACAUUGGAUGAUCUGAUCUGUUACUCUUUUUUGCCAAAUACUAACUCAUUGGAUUCAUUUUUUAAA